UUAGAGGGGUCUAGUUAUAUUGAUGUGACUUCAGACCUGGCUGCCUAUAGUCUCCUGUUUUCACCAGCAAGGACAGUCUGUUGUGAACAUCCUCAUUUCUAUUCACUUCCUGCUUGAAAAGGAUGGAUCCUCAACGGCUGAGGGAAGAUCUCCGCCUCUUUCAAAGCACUUUGCUGCAGGAUGGACUCAAAGAACUUCUGAAUGAGAAUAAGCUAAUUGACUGUAUCCUAAAGGUUGGGGACAGAAGCAUCCCCUGCCAUCGGCUCAUUAUGGCAGCGUGUAGUCCUUACUUCCGGGAACUUUACUUUGCCGAGGACGUGGUGGAGGCAGACAAAAAGGAGGUUGUCAUAGAGAACCUGGACCCUAAUGUCAUGGAGGUGAUUGUGAAUUACAUGUAUUCAGCGGAGAUCGACAUCAACGAUGACAACGUACAGGAUAUUUUAGCUGCUGCCAAUCGCUUCCAGAUUCCCUCUGUGUUCACAGUUUGUGUGAAUUAUCUGCAGAAGAACCUGUCAAGGAAAAACUGCCUGGCCAUCUACCGGCUGGGACUGAUGCUGAACUGCAUCCGGCUGGCGGUGGCAGCUCGCGAUUACAUUGCCGAUCGGUUUGAGACCGUUUCCAGGGAUGAGGAUUUUUUACAGUUGGCUCCACCUGAACUGUUUGCCAUAAUCGGAGCAGACGCGCUGAAUGUAGAAAAGGAGGAGGUUGUGUUUGAGUCCCUCAUGAGGUGGAUCAGGAAAGACAAAGAGAAGCGUGUGAAGUCCUUAGGCGAGGCCUUCGAGUGCAUCCGCUUCCGUUUGCUCCCAGAGAAGUACGUGAAGGAGAAGGUGGAGAAAGACGACCUCAUCAAGGCUGAUUCUGAGCUCCUGAAAAAACUCAAGGUCAUAAAGGAAGCUUUUGCAGGAAAGCUGCCAGAAAGGAAAAAAGGAGCUGAUGAUGAGGAAGAGGAGGAGGGCAAACUGCCCGGCUACCUGAACGACACCCGCAGGUACGGCAUGCAUGCCAAAGACGUGCUGCUGAUGAUCAGCGACAAUGCUGCCGUGGCCUAUGAUGCUCAGGAGAAUGAGUGUUUCCUGGCAGCGAUGACCGAGCAAAUCCCUCGAAACCACGUCAGCAUGAUAACAAAGAAGAACAAUCUGUAUGUGUUGGGAGGACUUUUUGUCGAUGAAGAGGACAAAGAAAAUCCUCUGCAAUGUUACUUCUACCAGCUGGACAGUCUAGCAGCUGAAUGGACUGCGCUUCCUCCUAUGCCCACCCCCAGAUGCCUCUUUGCUAUGGGAGAAUGUGAAAAUCUAAUUUUUGCUGUAGCGGGAAAAGAUUUAGAGUCCGAUGAGUCUCAUGACACUGUCAUGUGCUAUGACACUGAAAAAAUGAAGUGGUCUGAAACAAAAAAGUUGCCCUUGAAAAUUCACGGCCACUGUGUGGUCUCUGAGAACGGGCUGGUGUACUGCAUCGGAGGCAAAACGGACGACAAUAAAGCAACCAACAAGAUGUUUGCAUACAACCACAAGAAGUCAGAGUGGAAGGAGGUGGCUUCAAUGAAAACGCCCAGGUCAAUGUUUGGAGCAAUUAUCCACAAGGGGAAGAUUAUUGUGGCCGGAGGAGUCAAUGAAGACGGGCUGACGGCUACAUGUGAAGCCUACGACUUUGGAACAAACAAGUGGUCCCCCUUCACCGAGUUUCCCCAGGAGAGGAGCUCGGUGAACCUGGUCAGCUGCGGAGGGCUGCUGUACGCGGUAGGCGGCUACGCCAUGAUGGAGAACGACAACAAAGAGUGUGCACCCACCGAGAUCAUAGACAUUUGGCAGUACGAAGAUGAUAAGAAACAGUGGACUGGAAUGAUCGGAGAGAUGCGUUACGCGGCGGGAGCCUCAUGUGUGUCCAUGCGCCUGAAUGCCACCAGGAUGCCCAAACUUUAAGCAGACACUGACAGAUGUGCUCAUUUAGUGGCUUAUAUGUGAUGAGUGUUGGCAAAUCUUAUGCUUUGUAACAGGCAAGGUUUCCAUAGAAAUAUAUACAAUAAAGUGCAGAUCUGAUAAAACACGAAGCAGUCCACUGAUCUGAAGUAUUUUAUGCUCAACUAUUAUUUGAUGUAAAAACUAAAAAACAAUGUUUACAUUCUCUUAUUAGGUAGAUUUACAUCACCUUUAGACUCCAUGACUGAAUAUAACAACACUUUAUGUAAGGGCAAAGUGGUCCAUUAUUUAAAUAAACAAGGCCUUCAGGAAGAAAGCUCUCUGAAUAUUUUUUUCUUUAGAUAUUCCUUCAAUGCAUCUUGCGUUGAAAGCUCCAUAGAGUUCCAUUCAAAAUGUGGGAUCUGCAAUAAAAAAAACACUAAUUAUAUUCAAUCUCAUAUUUAGAUAGAUGUGGUGCCUGGUGAAGUCCGCUUCAUUGACGUUUCCCACCUGAACAACACGAUAUCCCAGAAUCUCGAGGUGUCUUUUUCUUAUGAGCGUGUAACCUUUCAUGUGAUGCGAGUGUCUGCAGAAGCACUUUGAAUCAAGGAAGUCCACGGCCACUCUGAGAAACAUGUAAAACAGAACGUAAACCAUUUCACUUCAGAGCUCUGGUAUUGUAUUUUUCACACUGAGUUUGUUUCUCUAAAUAAAAAUACCGCUGCGCUCCAGGGGGCAGGUCCUCCCUGCUGUGUUCCACAGACUUCCUCUCCCAGUAGAGCUUUUUUGUGUCAGAAAUGUGGAGUGUGGCUUGAUCACUGUAUGGCAGUGGCUGAAGGUGUUUGUCCAGUUUGCAUUCAAAGUCUGAAAAUACAUAAUAAAAUAAAUUGGUAAAAUAUU